UGCCGCGUGGUGCUGUGCACGGAGUGGAGAUUCUGAAGCAAAGAUCAUCAUGCUCCGUGUACCCAUAAAUAGAAUCAUAUUUUGUCAAUUACGAUUACGAAAACAAGCCCCUUCUCAUCCUCUCCUUCGUAUGCGCUUAGCUGCCGAGGUUUAUACAUGUCUGCUCUUUUUUCCCUCAAUGCUUGCACCAGAAGCGAUGUUAUUGGGAGGUAUUUUUGUGUGUGUGGUUGUACAACCUGCACUCAAUGUUCUCUCUUUCUCAUCUCCGUGUCUAGAGCAUUUCAAUUUCAAUCGUAAGCUCAAACACACACACCAAACUCCACCACCACCAGCAGCUCUUGCUCCCCUCGACGUGCUGAUCUCCGUUUGGAGUGCUCUUUAUUCCACUUACCGGCGGCGGCGGCGGCGGUAUGCAGCGGUAUCUUGAAGUGCUAGCUACAUGCUAGGCCUCCUUCACACCCUCAUCUCCUAUCCGUGCAUAACAGGGGGCGGUAGGGCGGUUGGUUGCAUCUUCGCUUCACUUCAACAAAAAAGCAAACGUACACCAGCCGCGUGCAUUGUCAACCGUUUAACCAGUCGGCUAGUCACCAACCCGCCCAUGGUUGGCCAUCUUCGUUACAAUCAUACUCCAGAGGAAGUUGUUGGUAGUUGUUUGGCAUCGCUGAAAUCAAACGGCUCAGCAGCAGCAAUUCCCCCUCUCCACCAUACCAUCCAACCCAUUCAACCCAGAAGGAGGAUUUAAAAACUCAACUCACGGGCAUAAAUGUAUUGUACGGACAUGUAUGGGAAAGGCCUAGGGAGCCAAGAUGGUACAAUCAAUUUAACAUUCGCAGCGCCCUGUCCCUCCCGUCCCGUCCCGUCCGAGAAGUGUCAAUCUCCUACUCCUCCUCCUCCUUCUUCUCCUCCUUCUCGUCCUUGUCACGGUCAUAGCCAGGCGACGGGAGUCAUGGAAAAGGGUUAUUCUCGUGCAUGGUGCUGGUGCUGUCUUUCUCUCCCAUUCGCUCUAAGCCUCUUCCCUCUUGGCUUGUCGCUUCUCGCAUAAUUGUUUCGUUCGAAUGCUUCUGCUGCUUCGGUUAUUUACUAUUCCAAUCCAUAUUCGUCCCGCAUAUGCUCGCUCUACGCUGAUGUUCGCCUUCGUCGCAUUUUCUCGUCGUGCGCAACCCCAUUGUCAUAUUCUUUUAUAUAUCGUCCGGUUUCUAGAGUUUAUGCUAAAAUGGAUAAAAUAAUUUUGAAAUCAGAUCUACACCACGCGUGGUGUGUCUCUGUAAACUUCUUCGAGUUCACACAUUUUUUUCACACAAUAAGCAUAAUUCUGAAGUGUACUGACUCUGCCUCUACUUCUUCCUCCUUACCGCCAUCUCUCGCAUGGCUAAACAUUGCGAUCAUGUUUCACUAUCUCCUAGUCCCCAGCAAUUUUUCCACAUGUCUCUCUGCCUCUAUCUCUCUCUGAACGCCUUCCACUAAUUCUUAUGCCUUCUCCGAUUGUGGCCGCUCGACUGGCAUCUGUUUAUCCCAUGCUAGAUGAUAUCGUGUGUGCUCUCCCUUUCGAUCUCCUGCCACACUAUCGCCACGCUAGAUUUGUUUGUUGAUUCGCCUAUUCGCUUACUCUCCCGGGGUGAGGCGGCUAGUCAUGCUCAUGGCGGCUGCAGACAGACACUUAAAAAUCAUUAUUGGAGAUGGUCGAUUCGUUGCUGGUUGCGUCUCGAUGUACCAACAUCAUCAUGCGGUCGCCUCGGUCCUUCUCCUCCGCAGGGGGGGUAUGAUGUGCGGGACGGCAUUCCCCGCGUACCAAUCGGAUUUCUCUCGCCCUUUUGUUUCAAUCCGCGCUCUCUCUCUUCAUGUCAUCUCCCGUGUCCUUUCCAUCCCUUGCCCCUGUUGGUUGUUGUGCUGCUGUCACUCUCACUAGUACGAGUGUCUCUCUCGCUCUCUCUUUCUUUCUCAAAUACACACAGCCAUCGUGCUAGCCGGUAUGAACGCCAGGGCCUCCUGUGAUGCAUUCCUAUUUCUCUCACACACACACAUUUUCUCUCGCUCUCUCUCUCUCUCUCUCUCUCGCUAGCUCGGUAUAGUUUUCGUCCUGCUGCUGCUGCUGCUGCUGAUCAUCAUGCUGCUCUCCGUGCCAGCGUCACCGGCUUACUGCGCGCCCCACCGGUCAGCCAGCGGGGGCCUACUACGUGUUCCUCGACGUUUGUCCUAUUCUCUACGCCAUCAUCCAUCAAUUCUCUCAAGAAGCAGCUUCACCAAAACUGAAACAGAAACACACAGACACAAACACGGACAAUACGGUCCGAGAAGUCUGAGAUCGUUCUCCGGUGCGGGCUGUGCUAAGUAGUAGUGGUGGUGGUGGUCGGUUAGAGCUAGUAGUUGCAGUACGCGCGUACCUUUGCCGUAAAAGGGGUUCAUCAUCGUCAUCGUCUCAGGGCGCGCACAUAUCGUUUUGCAGCACAAGCAAUACCAGCAGCAUACAUAUAUCGACUACCAAACAUACCGAUGCGCGCACGUACAUAAAACCGUACCAGAGUCACCAGCCAGUCAACUCAAGCUUGCCGCAUGUCCGUCGGUGGAGGGUAAAAAACCACAUUCUCUCCGUUUUGGUGCCUGUGUCUUGUGCUGCUGCUGUACUACCUCGGAGUUAUUUUUGAGCAUCCAACAAACCAACAUUAACCAACCAACCAACCAACCAACCAGCCAAGCCAAUCCAACAAUCUCGGCUGGUAUAGCAGCGGCGACUCGUUUUCUUCGCCUUUUACCAUACGGGAAGAAUAAAGGAGGUUCGUCGAGGUUUCCUUUUUGCUCUUUACCUUCCUCCUUUUUACGAAAACACCUCCCCACAUCGUACGCGGGCUGCCAGAGACGACGACACGCAAGGAGGUUGUUGGUCGCAGCAGCAGCAGCAGCAGCAACACGAACCGGUACAGCAGCAGAAGCAGCCACAGCAGCAGGGGUAAAGGAGGGAAAACAUACAGCGGCGUGUGUUGAGGCACAUAUUAUGCUGAAAAACCUCAACCAUACCCUCCUAAAACGACAAUCGACAAUCCGAGAGCAACCAACGCACGCCAUCCACCAUCCGGUUGGGUUGGAGGGUAUUAGAAAGGGAUGGCGCAUGUACACGACGAGACGAGCUAGCAGCAAGUAGAAUGUGGUGUGUUUAAGACCCAGUCGGUUGGCCCUUGCCCGUCUCUCCGCUGCUCACGGUGUAGUGCUGCGCCUGUGUUUGUGUGUGUUUGUGUGUCUCUCCGGCAUGGUAACGUUAAAGUAAUCUUUCUAUUCUACGUACUUGAAAAGAACUCAAUUCAAUCGUUUCGCGCUCAUCCGUAGUGUGUAGGUUCCGUGUGUGUGCGCGAGCGCGCGGGCCCCUUUGGAAUGGUUGUUUGUCAUUCAACCAGAAGCCAGUAUCGUAGUGGCGCACAAGGCAGGCAGGCGGGCAGUGUGUUGAGAAUAGUUAAUACCUCCGCGCUUACAGUUCUCGCGUUUGUGUACCAUUUGUCAGUUUUUGAAGUUCUUGCCAGUCGCGGUCGCGGGCCGAUCGGAGGAGCGAGCAGUAGCAGUAAAGCAGCAGCAGUUUGGCGUUUGUGAGCAUACUAUUCUUCACCAGGGGCGCGCGAGUAGAGUUUGAAGAUAAUUGAUGUUAAGUGAAAGAUAGGCCGAUAGGCCGCCGAGUAGUAGUAGGUAGGCGAGAAGUCCAUCCGAGAAACCGUGUCCGAUAGGAAGUGGAGAACAAACGAAAUCAACGCCAUCAUGCACGCAACAGCGGCAACGGUGGCGCGACUGUGAUCUUCUAGCGCGCUUGGGGGGAAAAUCCGAAAAAGUGUAAUCACAACCGUGUGUGUGUGUGUGUGUGUGCGGGGUGUAGUUUUUUGGUGCAAAAAACAGGGCAAUAACUUGCACUUUUCAUCGUGUGAACACGGGGAUUUCGGGUGCGUUACCCGGCACACAGCAGCAUGUCGGAACAAAGCGAUGACUCGAAGGAAACGCUCGGCGAGUAUGAUCGGAACCUCUUGGAGCAGUUGGUGGUGAACGAUUGGGGCCUGAGUGCGGCAGCAUUUAAGCGCAUGGUUUAUUGCGGUAUCGACGAGGUCAGUUUGGUGCUGAUCGAGGAUGCAGAGAUUAACGAACUGUUCAGCGAUCCCCGGCUGCUCGGGCAGAAGAUACUGUUCAAGCAUCGGCUUCGCCAGUGGCGCCACGACCAGCAAAGCUUCCUCAGCAACAUAGCCGCCCACCUGCAGCUGCCCAACGGGAACGGUACGGUGCCGCCGACGCCGCCAGCUUCCGCCGCUGCCUUAUUACCGCGCCAACUACUGCUCCCCGCGCUUAAUGGUACGGCGGGCGCGGCACCAUCGUCACCGGCCACCGGCAUCACCGCGCCCGGUUCGUACAAGCGCAAGUACCCGUUCGAUGUGGACCUUACCGCCACCGGCCAGCUGAACAAUGGCUCGGACGAUGAUGGCGCAAGCAUCAAGACGGAACACGACUCCACUUCAACAACCAAUGGCAUCGGGCUGAAGCGGCGUGGUGGCGGCGGUCGAGAAUCGCCACUGCUCAUACCGCCCACCUAUGCGGCCGCCUCCCUGUCCCUGGUGCAGCCGCUGCUGAAGCGUAAGGCCGAUCCACCGUCGCUAAAGGAACGCACGUCCGGUGCGGUCGGCGACAUACCGGUGCGGAUCGAUCGGGACAGCAUGCUGCGGCUGCUGCAAUCGUCCCAGUCCGGGCGCUGGAUACUGAAUAGCUACAAACCGAACGAACCGCUCGAGCGGCGGGGCCAAACCAUCAUCACGCACCUGAUCGUCGACCAGUUUCUGCACUUUAACAUCCUGUUCAAGCACCGCAUGAUGAGCCACUACGCGGACGUGAUAACGCAGCUGUUCCCGGCCGAGAUAAAGGAAAUCUACUACGCACCGCGCAACACGGUCAAGCGCAACACGUCCGGCAAGCUGUUCGAUCGGUACACGAACCAGCGGUUACGGCACAAGGAGCGGUUGCCGCGCGUCAAACCGUUCGUGGCGGACGAAUGGACCGAGCACAAGACGUUUGCCGAGCUGGCGAUCCUGAACGAGGCGAUGCAGGGUGUGCGCAGUGUGGCCGGUGGCGGCGGGGGUGAUGAUGCGACCGGCAGCGAGGAUGGCAACAUUAGCAACGACUUCCUGCAGCCGCUCGCGACGAUGUACGUCGAGGGGGAGGAGCAGCAGCCGACCGGCGGCAAUGGGGAGGGGGCGGUGGAUUACUCUACGCGAGAGGACGACUGACCGUGCGCUUGAUCGUGAUGCAAGCAGUAGUAGGGCUCGGACGGGAGAGUGGGAAUGAAUGUGCCAAAUCGAGAUACAAGGGUAUAACACCAUACACUUCAGGUGUGUAAAAUAGAGAGAGAGAGAGCAGCUAUAGUAUACACUACUGAGUGUGUGUAGUGGCAAGCAGAAUUAUUUGAAGCCUUAGCAUUAAGCACAAACCACACAAACAUGACGCUAUAUGAAUUUAGAUGGAAGGAAAUAAAUUAAGCAAACCUUUUCUACAAACCUAGGAGCUACAGGGCUGGCCUAAGCCCUUUUCCUAAAUGCGUAUACGUAAUUGUAGGAUUAAUUUAAUCGUUGCAACCGUUGGCUCCAGCGCGUCAAUAAAUAUGAUUCAUCAAAGGA